AUGGCGGUUGGGAAUGAAAUUCGAGCGCUUUUGUUUUCGACAAUCACACUCACGGAUGACGACAAGGCUGCUCAGAGUCGAGCUAACCCCGACCUCGGAUCGCUCAAGGUCGAAUUCUGGCGCAUUAAGCCCGGUUGGACGGUAAAAGCUGUUCAACAGGUUAUCAAGUCUACAUUGGAAAGCAGUGAUGUUCACGAGGGAAAGAAGACUUUGGGCGGGCAUCGCAUCAAAAUCGGCGAAAAAGUUGCAACCCACACAUGUGAUGUCAGCGCUGCUGUAGAGUUCAUCGAUAAGGAGCCCUUUGCCGUGUUUCUUUUCCGCUAUCGUCCCGAAGAUAUACUACAGGCUAUGGGACAUAUUCGAACCUCUACGGAUCAAUCACUGCUUGGAGUCAAGAGGAAUGCCUCGGAGGCGUCUGAGAGUGAGGACGAAAGCGGUGCAUCCGACGAAGAGCAGGAGAUUGCGGCAAAGAUUGCAGCGUUGAGCCAACGGAUGAAGACUCUGAAGAAGCGCAAGCGUGUGAAGGUCGAAGAGUCUCCAAUUCUUAUUCUAUCCGGUACAACAGGAACUCGCGAGACGUCUCCCAUUGUUCUCUCCAGUGACGAUGAGGUCGUAGAACUCGACUAA